GUAAUUUGAUUGGUUAAGAAAUAAAAAUGGCUUCCAACUUCAGUGGAGCUCUGCAGCUAACGGACCUAAAUGACUUUAUCACACCAUCACAGGAAUGUGUAAAGCCAGUGAAGAUUGACAGAAAACCAGGGAGGGUAGCGAAGAUAAAAAUAGAAGAUGAUGGCUCCUAUAUGGAAGUAGGAGAGAGUGGUGUGGAGAAGAAGCUACAGAAAGCUCGAAUCACCCUGAAUGACUGUCUGGCGUGUAGUGGAUGUAUAACGUCAGCUGAGAGUGUUCUCAUCACCCAACAGAGCCAGGAGGAACUCUACAAUGUCCUACAGCAAAAUCUGAGACUUCAGCAGACCGGGGAAUCUGACAAACAAAGAGUAGUUGUUGUGUCAAUAUCACCUCAGUCAAGAGCUUCCCUAGCAAUAAAAUACCAGCUAUCAGCAAAAGAUGCCCACCAGAAGCUGUCAGGAUUCUUCAAAAAGCUAGGUGUACACCAUGUCUUUGACACCACCUUCUCUAGGAAUUUCAGCUUACUGGAAAGCUGUCGAGAGUUUGUUAGACGAUACUACGAGGCAGAAACCAACAAAACAUCCCUCCCCAUGCUGGCCUCCUCAUGCCCAGGUUGGAUAUGCUAUGCGGAGAAGACUCAUGGAUCAUACAUCCUGCCCUAUAUAAGCACCACAAAGUCUCCUCAGCAGGUCAUGGGGUCACUGGUUAAAGAUUACUUUGCUGGGAAGCACAGCCUCACCCCUAGCCAGAUUUACCAUGUGACAGUCAUGCCGUGUUAUGAUAAGAAGCUGGAGGCUUCGCGACCGGAUUUCUACAGUGACCUCUACAGAACGAGGGACGUGGAUUGCGUGAUUACCUCAGGAGAGGUGGAGAAAAUGUUGGAGAAGGAGAACAUUUCCCUGGGCGAAGUUGAGGGAGACACUUCAUUUUCAUGGAUGUCUGGAUCAGCGAGUCAAGAUGGAGGCCUAGGAAAUCACAUGGGGGGUGGAUCCGGAGGUUAUCUGGAACACGUAAUGAGGUAUGCAGUAUCUCAGAUCCAUGGAUCGUCAGUGGACAGUCUCCAGUACAAAACACUGAGGAAUCAGGAUUUCCAGGAGGUGAUAGUUGAAUUGGAGGGCAAGAAGCCACUCAGGAUGGCCCUCGCAUAUGGCUUCAGAAACAUUCAAAAUAUUGUCCAAAAGAUAAAGCGUGGAAAACUGACUUACGACUUUGUGGAAAUUAUGGCCUGUCCCUCAGGAUGUGUGAAUGGCGGGGGUCAAAUUCGCCCCACAGAGGGACAGACGAAUGCUGAAUUGAUGCUGAGAGUGAAGGAGAGUUACGACUCGGUGCCCAGUGUGCAGCCAGACAUGUGGGAUGGGGUUAAGGAUGUGUACGAGGACUGGUUGGGGGGUGUGGACACUGACAAAGCCCGGGCCAUGUUACAUACACAGUACCACGGCGUGGAAAAGGCAGCAAGUGCCCUCAAUAUACAGUGGUGAAUUAUGGGAAUCUUUGUCAAGAUUUAAAUGCUUUGGAUCUUUGUGUAGAUUUUGGGAGAUGCAAACACGGGGUCCAUUCAGUUUAACGGUAUGGAGGAAUAUUCAUGUUAUCGUGAGAAAUUCACAGUGGAACAGCUCAACUGUGAUAAAACCAAACAACCAAGAAACAGUGAUCCUAAAAAUGAAUAAAUAAAUGAAACAAUA